ACCACAAGGUACUAAUGGAUCUGUUUGAAAUCGGAUUGUUGGUAUAAUUUGCCCAAAUAUAAGUAUAGUAAGUGAUCUGAAUUUAUUGAUUUAAACCAUAACUGUACGCACCUUACCGAAUUCUAAAGAAGAGGAGAGAUUAUUAAGUUGGGUAAAUCCGAGGCAAUGAAAUCAACGAACUAAUUUCUUCUUAAUUUCGGCAAAUUUGGUAGGCAACUCCAAUCCAAUCCAUAUCACCAACCAACAACAAACUCGAAAGCAAAGAUAUAUAGAGAGAGAGAGAGAGAGAGAGAGGAAAAAGAAGAAGAGAUUCCUAAUUUUAUUGGGUCGGCCACCAAACAAUCGAUUUACCAAUUCCAUUUUCUUCUCCUCUUCUCCAAGAUAUGCAUUUUGUUUGGUUUUGAUUUUAGGGUUUGGUUGGCAUGGCUGACCACUUGGUUCUGAAUGUGGACCGGCUGGUGAAGUCGGCAGGGGAGGGGGAGGAGGAGGAGGUUCGGAGGCCGGUGGAAAUUGCCGCCGUGGUGGUGGUGGAAGAGGAGGUGGAGGAGGGAAGUGAGGGUUCCGAUGAGGAUGAGCCGCUCAUAAACAUGGCUGAAUGCCGCAUUUGCCAGGACGAGGAUUCUGUUCAGGAUUUGGAGAUGCCUUGUGCUUGUAGUGGCAGUCUCAAGUACGCUCACAGAAAGUGUAUUCAACAGUGGUGCAAUGAGAAAGGAGACAUAACUUGUGAGAUAUGUCACAAGCUUUACCAACCUGGUUAUACCGCCCCCCCUCGUCCACCUCCUCCUGAAGAGACUGCUAUUGACAUUGGUGGUGGAUGGACAAUUUCUGGCACCCCUUUGGAUCUGAAUGAUCCUCGCCUUUUGGCGAUGGCUGAGGCAGAGCGUCACUUUUUGGAGGCUGAGUAUGAUGACUAUGCUGCUACAAAUGCCAGUGGGGCUGCAUUUUGCCGCUCAGCUGCUCUAAUUUUAAUGGCUCUUCUGCUCUUGAGGCAUGCAAUGACAGUGACAGAUCCUGAUGCUGAUGCUGAGGGAGAUGAUGAUGUAUCCACCUUCUUCUCUCUUUUCUUGCUUCGGGCGGCUGGAUUUCUUUUGCCGUGCUACAUCAUGGCCUGGGCAGUCAGUAUCUUGCAGCGUCGACGUCAAAGACAGGAAGCCGCAGCAUUGGAAGCAACACAAUUUGCAUUUGUGCUGCAGUCAGGUCAAACCAGGGGUCUACAUUUCACCAUAGCAUCGGCACCAACGGUUACUCCACGCCAAGAAACUGUCUAAUAUUCAUGGAAAACUACGAACUUGGAUUGUCGUUAUCGCCGUCAUUUGAGGAUAGUGUUUCAGCCUAUAUAUCUGGUGGUGGUGUUGAAGAGACCAUUCUCCGAUUUACUCUGUUCUUUUUUUCUUUUUCUUUUUCUUUUUUCGUGUUUAUGUAUUUGUUGUACAUGAAUGUUGCAUCUUAGCAUCAGUUGCUAUCUGUUGUCUCAUGUGCACUUUAUAUUUCUUUUAAAAAAAAAAAAUUUGUUACAUUUCUGAUAUUGAAUUGAUUGUUGAUAGAAACUUACCAAUGUUGUCAAUUUAACCA